AUGCGCGCGCCCACAAUCAUGGAUCAUGGCACUCCGCCUGCUACAGACCAAGUCCCUGACGCUGGCGCCAGUGCACUUCGCUCUGCAAACGCAGUAUUGUUCAUUGGAAAUGUAGGUUUCAAUGUCAGUGAGAAGACAAUUAGAGAUGUAUUCGCUGCAAAGGGGUUCCUUGUUGAUGUCCACUUGCCUUUGGACGCCGAAACAAGGAAACAUGCAGGCUUUGGCUACCUACACUUCCCUUCGAUUCACGCGGCAAGGGCGGCAUUGGAUGCCUUGCAAGGAACUCACAUCGACGGUCACUCUAUCAAUCUGGAACUAAGCGACCAUUCGCCGAUUACGUCCCUCCAUCCUGGCCAGCUCCCAGAGUGGAGCCACGCUCGUAGGCCGUCGGAGCUGCAUAGCUCGGUGAAUCCAUCUUUGGGAACAAAGCCUGAGCGGUGUGAGAUUGGACAAGAUGAUGAGAACGAGGAGUCUAUUGCAGCUAAGGAGAAACGACCGGUUCCUCUGAGUGUGGCCGAUUUAUGCUCAGGCGACAAAGGCACAGAUCAAGAGCCAAAAGGAAACAAAGUUCUGAUCACUACGCCUGACGAUUUCCCUCAUCUCACUCGAGACUUAGAGCAAAGCCGCUUUCCUCCCAUGUCUCAAGUAGAUGCUCAUGUUCUAACCCACCGGCGUCGAGACCCAAACACACCAAUAUGGGGUGCCUCCGCGCCCGAGCGUCAUGGGAACCAUGGGAAUGACGUCGCUGGCAGAUCGUAUCAACUGCAAAGCACCCCAGGCUCGUUUCCUGACGAUGAUAGCGAUGAGACGCGCUCAGGUCCAUCCCUAGAGCCAGCUCAAAUCUCAGGCACAGGUCAUGAUGAUCGCUGUAAGCCUCGUCGGUCAAAGAGUAUGAAAUACCUGAAUCGCAACGGGGAUAGAAGCCCCUCGAGAGCCUUGAGACGGCGGGCAACUGAGCGACACUCUCUACGCCAUGGUUCGCAGAACAGUUUUGGUGGAUUUUACGAUGAGGGAUGCGCAUACGACAACUACUCCAAUACUUUCGGGCACUCUCGUCCUCGGAGCCAGCCCUCAUCGCAGGAAGAAAUCUCAAUCCCAGAUGAGAACGAACAACAGCCUGACCCAAGACAGAGUGCUAUUGAUGACUGCGUGGUUAGUCUGAUCGGUCUAGGAUACGAAAAUACACUGGAAGGUGGUAUUCAACGGAUUGCUGUAUAUGCGGCCGCAGCGGACGGCAAGAUAUCGGACGCCAUUGAGAUGAUUGAGGAAGAACGCAAGGCGUACGAACAGCAAGGUCUUUGA